GGGUGCUCGGACCUUGGACCCAGGGAGGGCCGAGAGAGGGAGGGGGGCAGGCCGCCGGCAAGGGAGGGGGCUUGCUGUCACUGCCGUUCGAUUUCUUCGGCUCUCGCCGCGAGUUUGAGAAAAGUUUUGGGGUGGAUUGCUGAGGAGACCCCCGUCUCUGCCGGGCCACCUGCGCAGCGCCACCCCCGCCCGUCCCCGCUCGCGUCCCGCUCGGUGCCCGCCCUCCCCCGCCCGGCCGGGCGCGCGCGGCGCGGAGCCGAUUACAUCAGCCCGGGCCUGGCCGGCCGCGUGUUCCCGGAGCCGCGGCGGCCCGAGCGGGGAGCCCCGGGCGGCGAGCGGCGCCCCUCCCCCCGUCGGCCCUCUGCGGGAAGGUGACCUCUCGAGGCAGCCGGACCCGGAGGACCCGGAGAGCCCACCUCUACCCUUCCACCGGCCCCAGACCUCAACCCCUUCCUGUGCUGGGACGACUUUCCUGACGCCCCUUCCCCAUUUCCUUUCUAACGCGGAGAGAAGCCCCUGACACCCCCCUAUUUUUUGCUCCCUUCUCUUGGGAAGACUCAUGUAACCCCUCUCCAGCCCCGGAGUCCAAGACAAGGAUGGCCACUGUCAGAGGUCAGGUGCCGGAGCCCACCCGGCUGCUUGCGGAGACAACCUGAAGUCCCAACUUGGUGACAGUCAGCUUCCCUCCCCUCCCCCACACUUCCGAUGGUCCCAGGCUGCACCCAUGGCAGAAGGAGAGCACAAACCCCACGAAGUGGUGAAGUUCAUGGACGUUUAUCAGCGUAGCUACUGCCGUCCAAUUGAGACCCUGGUGGACAUCUUCCAGGAGUACCCGGAUGAGAUCGAGUACAUCUUCAAGCCAUCCUGUGUGCCCCUGCUGCGGUGUGGGGGCUGCUGCAAUGAUGAGGGCCUGGAGUGUGUGCCCACCGAGGAGUUCAACAUCACCAUGCAGAUCAUGCGGAUCAAACCUCACCAAGGCCAGCACAUAGGAGAGAUGAGCUUCCUACAGCACCACAAAUGUGAAUGCAGACCAAAGAAAGAUAGAGCAAGGCAAGAAAAAAAAUCAGUUCGAGGAAAGGGAAAGGGGCAAAAAAGAAAGCGCAAGAAAUCCCGGUAUAAAUCCUGGAGCCAUCCCUGUGGGCCUUGCUCAGAGCGGAGAAAGCAUUUGUUUGUACAAGAUCCACAGACGUGUAAAUGUUCCUGCAAAAACACAGACUCGCGUUGCAAGGCGAGGCAGCUUGAGUUAAACGAACGUACUUGCAGAUGUGACAAGCCGAGGCGGUGAGCCGGGCUGGAGGAAGGAGCCUCCCUCGGGGUUUCGGGAACCAGACCUCUCACCAGGACAGAUGAUACGCAAGGACUGAGACAGAAACCACCGCCGCCAACCGCCAUCACCGUCAACAGAACAACCCUAAUCCAGAAACCUGAAAUGAAGGAAGAGGAGACUCUGCGCAGAGCACUUUGGGUCCGGAGGGCGAGACUCCGGCAGAGGCAUUCCCGGGCUGGUGACCAAGCACGGUCCCUCUUGGAGUUGGAUCGCCAUUUUAUUUUUCUUGCUGCUAAAUCACCGAGCCCGGAAGAUUAGAGAGUUUUAUUUCUGGGAUUCCUGUAGACACACCCACCCACAUGCAUACAUUUAUAUAUAUAUAUAAUAUAUAUAUAUAUGUUUUAUAUAUAUAUAUAAUAUAUAUAUUCUUUUUUUUUUAAAUUAACAUUGCUAAUGUUAUUGGUGUCUUCACUGGAUGUAUUUGACUGCUGUGGACUCGAGUUGGGAGGAGAAUGUCCCCACCCAGAUCCCCGUAGGGAAGAGAUGGGAGGAGAGAUCCUGGCAUGAUCUUUUGGGCCCUCUUAGGGCUGCCAGGGUCCCCUCCCCUGUCCAGGAACAUGCAUGGCCAGGGCACGGGGGCAAAUUUGGCCUGCUUUUGGGAACACUGACAAACCCAGCCCUGGCCCUGAGCUUCUGCCCCAAGUCAAAUGGACAGAAAGAUAGAUGACAGGUACAGGGACAAGGAUGCUGGCUCCGACCAGGAGUUUGGGGAGCCUUGGGACACUGCUGUGCUCUGGGGUCACCUCCACAGGCUGUGUGGGCAUCCUGCCCCACGGGCACUGCCUGGAAGAUUCAGGAGCCUGCGUAGUCUUCACCUAUUCUCAGCUGCUUCCAAGAUGCCCAGGAGGCUGCUGACAGAUGCGAUGCCCCUGCGAAGAACAGAGAGACAUUGGUGGAAGAAGGGUGGUCAGGUGACAGCUUCUCCUCCGAGGGAAGGGCCUCCGGCCUUGGCCUCUCCCAGCUCCCCUUCCCAGGUGCAGCCCAGGAGGGCCCCAAGUCCUCAGACCAUUGAAACCACUAGUUCUGUCCCCCCAGGAGACCUGGCUGUGUGUGUGUGUGUGUGUGUGGUUAACCCUCCUCCGUUCCCACCCCGAUCCUUCCCGCGGCACGGAGAGGCAGGGCAGGAUCCACGUGCCCACCAUGGAGGCAGAGAAAAGAGAAAGUGUUUUAUAUACGGUACUUAUUUAAUAUCCCUUUUUAAUUAGAAAUUAAAACAGUUAAUUUAAUUAAAGAGUAGGGUUUUGUUCAGUAUUCUUGGUUAAUAUUUAAUUUCAACUAUUUAUGAGAUGUAUCUCUUGCUCUCUCGGCUCUUAUUUGUACUGGUCUUUGUGUAUGAAAUCCAUGUUCCCCAUCUCUUUCUCUCUCACCGGUGACAGUCACUAGCUGGUCCUGAACAGAUAUUUAAUUUUGCUAACACUCAGCUCUGCCCUCCCCUUUCCCCCGGCUCCCACCACACAUUCCUUUGAAAUAAGGUUUCAAUAUACAUCUACAUACUAUAUAUAUAUAUUUGGCAACUUGUGUUUGUGUGUGUAUAUAUAUAUAUAUAUAUAUAUAUACAUAUAUAUAUAUGUUUAUGUAUAUAUGUGAUUCUGAUAAAAUAGACAUUGCUAUUCUGUUUUUUAUAUGUAAAAACAAAACAAGAAAAAAUAGAGAAUUCUACAUACUAAAUCUCUCUCCUUUUUUAAUUUUAAUAUUUGUUAUCAUUUAUUUAUUGGUGCUACUGUUUAUCCGUAAUAAUUGUGGGGGGAAAAGAUAUUAACAUCACAUCUUUGUCUCUAGGGCAGUUUUUCGAGAUAUUCCGUAGUACAUAUUUAUUUUUAAACAGCAACAAAGAAAUACAGAUAUAUCGUUAAAAAAAGCAUUUUGUAUUAAAGAAUUUAAUUCUGAUCUCAAA